GUGUGUGUGUCGUAUUAACUCUCAAUAGAUAAAAUUGUUUUUUGGAAGUCUUCUCCUGCUGAAGGUUUGAAGAGCAAUCCCAAAGGAGUAAUGUAAGAUGGAGACACUGCUAAAAGCUUUGGAUGAUCUCACAGAAAAAGAGCUGCACAGAUUUCAGUGGUUUCUAACUACAGACAAUGUAUUGGAGGGUUUCCCACCCAUCCCAAGGAGCAAGCUGGAAAAUGCUAAUCGACAUGACACUGUGACCAAGAUGAUGGACAGUUAUGGUCAUUUUGGAGCUGAGAAGGUCACACUGACCAUCCUGAAGAAGUUGAACCACAACCAUCUGGCUGAGAUGCUGGGAAGCAAACUUGCUCAAGGAAGACUUGAAAAAGAAACAGUUACUGUUCCAGCAGCAUUGUCCUCUCUUCAUCCACCCUUUCAGACUAUUAACAUCUCGUCUACUUCCAUCUCAGGUAAACUGAGUGCACCGUUAUUUCGGUACCCUCUUAGAGUCCCAUUACAUUGUUCCUGCAUCAGUAGUGUUUACCAAUCCCAAGUCUCUACUUUGUCAGUUCAUAUUUUAGUCUGUUUUCCAGCUUCAUUACAACUUCUUUCAAAAACAGAGUGUCAAGUCUCGGGCAACCAGUUGAAGGAUGAACUGGUCCAAAAAUCUGAACGCAUACUGGAUGGAGAUUCAGAGACUGGUCACAAAAAGUACCUGAACGAUAUCUAUACAGAUCUCUACAUAGUGGAGAAUGAGACAGGAGGAGUUAUUGAGGAGCAUGAGGUGAGGCAGAUUGAGGCAUUGUCCAACAUACCUGCCGGGGAGGAAAUUCCAAUCAAGUGCAAUGACAUUUUCAAACUGCAGGCUAAUACGAACCGACGUAACAGAAAAGUGUUAACAAUGGGGAUCGCAGGAAUCGGUAAAACCUUCUCAAUCACCAAAUUUAUACUUGACUGGGCUGAGGGAAAGGAGAACCAAGACAUCGAGUUUAUUUUUCCUCUCCCUUUCCGUGAGCUGAACAUGAAGAAAGAUGAACAAUUCAGCCUGAUGGAACUGCUUUAUGAAUUUGUCUUACAUUCUAAUGAGCUCAAGUCGCUUCCUUUGGGUGAUGGAAAAGUCAUGUUCAUUUUUGACGGGCUCGACGAGUGCCGCUUCAGUUUGAACUUUGAUGACACUGAGAGACUAAAGGACAUUUACAAAAAAACAUCACUGAGCUCAAUAAUCACAAACCUCAUCAAAAGAAACCUGCUUCCCUCUGCUCUCAUAUGGAUAACCUCCCGACCUGCUGCAGCUCAUCUCAUACCUCGAGACUACAUUGACCAGGUGACAGAAGUGCGAGGAUUUAACAAUGAGCAACGGAAAGAAUACUUCUACAAACAUUGUCAAAAGGAAUUAGCUGCAAAAAUAGUCACACACAUCAUGAAAUCAAGGAGCCUCUACAUCAUGUGUCAAAUUCCAAUCUUCUGCUGGAUCUCUGCUUCUGUGCUUAAGACUCUGCUUGAAAAUGAGGAGGAUACCCCCACAACUCUAACUGGGAUGUACACAAAAUUUGUUCUUCAGCAGUCUUACAACAUGAAAAAGAAAUACUGCAAAAAAACCUCAAAGCUUUUCAAUUCUGAAAAAGUGAUCCUGCAGCUUGGAAAAUUGGCUCUGCAUAACCUUGAGAGAGGUGACCUGAUAUUCUAUGAGGAAGAUCUUAAGAAAUGUGGGAUUGAUAUCAGUUUUGGUUUGGUGUACUCAGGUGUGUGCACUCAGAUCUUCAGUCAGAACCAAAGUGCCUCUGGUAGAAAGACCUUUAGCUUUGUCCAUCUGAGCAUUCAGGAGUUCUUCGCAGCUUUGUACGUCCUUCACUCACACUGCAAAGGCAUAAAAAGUAAUGCACUUCAGCCAAGAACCUUGACAAACAUCAUUAAGUGGGUAAACAAGACAACUGCUGACCUUCAACAGUAUGCUCUUUCUAAAGCCUUAACGAGUGAGAAUGGCCACAUGGACCUUUUUGUACGUUUCCUUUUCGGCCUUUCUGUGGAAACCAACCAGCACGACCUGAGGGAACUCCUGCCCAAACUGAAGACAGAGGUGAAACCAAAGGACAGGAGGCAGAUAGUUUAUUUCAUCCAGGAUAACCUAAACAGCAAUAUCUCAAUAGCUGCAAGCCUCAAUCUCCUAGAAUGUUUAAGAGAAAUGAAAGAUGACUCCCUUCUGUCUGAGAAAUUCAACAAAUAUUCACCUUUACAUUCAGUGAGUUUCACAGGAGUUCAGUGGUCACUUUUGGUGUACAAUUUGCUGAAUUCAGAGGAAAUUCAAGAGAAAUUUGACCUCAAGCAACAUGCACAAUCAUCUAAGGGACUUAGAAGACUGCUGCCAGUGGUAAAAAUUACCAAACAAGCUCAGCUGGAUAACUGCAACCUAAAGAAAAAAGCCUGCAAAGAUUUGGCAUCAGUCUUCAGUGCUGAUUCACCCUUGCGAGAGCUGGACCUGUGUGAGAAUGAUAUACAGGAUACAGGAAUGGAGCUGCUCUCUGUUGGACUGAGAAGCAUGCACUGUAAACUGGAGAUACUGAGGAUGUGUUACUGUAAGCUCACAGAAAAAAGCGGAGAAGUCUUGGCAUCAGUUUUCACUUCAGCAUCUUCACGCCUGAGAGAGCUGGACGUCAGCAACAACAACCUGCAGGACUCAGGAGUGAAAUUUAUCUCUAUCGGAUUGGAAAAUCCACACUGUAAACUGGAAAUACUGAGGUUUGCAGCCUUUACAUGACCAACAGAGCAUGUAAUUACAUGACCUACCUGCAAUUAGUUCCCAUUUACUGUUUUACAUACAAUUUCUCAUUGGUGCCACAAAUAAAUCACUGGACAGGCCACGUCCACAAGUGACAACAGUACCAGUUGAUACACACCCACAAGGGCCAAACUACAAGUGAUAUGAGUGACUUGUCAUUUGCUAGUGUGAAUGUAGGGUAAAAGGUCAUAUGCAGAACCCUAGAAUAGUGUUUCUGUAUCUGAAAGGGGUUAAGUAGAACAACUUAUCAAUUAUAAUAUAUCAAUAUAUAGCAAUAUAUCAAUUAUAGGAAGACCUUCACAGGAACCUUUUUUGUUUAUUUAGUAACUUUAAAACUGACAUUUAAAAUUAAGACAAGAAAAGCAAAAUGUACUUAUCAUUACAUUUCUCUUGGUCUCGAUUUUUCAAGACUUUCUGGCUGUUUAGUCACAAAGGAAGGCUGUUCUUAUUUGGCUUCAUCUCUAAGAUCAAACUCCUCGUCACGCCUCAUAUAUCUUGAUCUGAGCUACAAUCAUCCAGGAGAUACAGGAGAGGAGAUGUUCUAUGAUCUACUGCAUAAUCCACACUGGAAACUGGAGACAGUCAAGUAACCUACUGUGCACCUCUACAUUCACAAAGCCUAAGACUUAUUAUCCAUAACUACAUGGAAAAUGGCACGAAAUGAUUAAUCUAAUAUUAGAUUAUAGGAGUGAGUGGAAGUGAGGAACCAAUCAGUUCUUAUGAGUUCAGGAGAUGUGGAAUUAGUCCCUCAUCAAUGUAAACUGUACCAAUCACUCUCCAUCACUGUUUUCUUUGCCUUUUUUCCAUUUUAGAAUGGCUCAUGGAGGGGAAAUCAGAAUGAAACCAGGGCGACUAAAAUAUGCCUGUGAUCUCACACUGGAUCCAAACACAGCAAACCGAAAGCUCCAGCUGUAUAAUAAUUAUAAAUGUGUGAAACCAAUAUGGACUCAUAACCUCACAUUGAGGAAGUAUCAUCAUCCAGACAGAUUUGAUGACUGGCCACAAGUCCUAUGUAAACAGCCUCUGUCUGGACGCUGUUAUUGGGAGGCGACUUGCAGUGGUGGGACUGCUAUCAUUGCAGUGUCAUAUAAACGAAUCAAAAGAAAGGAAUUAAAUUCAUGUUUUGGAAAGAAUGACGUGUCCUGGUGUCUGAUCUGCACUCCUGAAGGUUAUAGCGUCGUUCACAAUAAUCGUACCACACACAUUCCCAAACCCGUCAACAUGGGGUCUGAAACACUGGGCAUGUACCUGGACUCAGAGGCUGGAACACUGUCUUUCUACACCUACAUCAGUAAUACACGAAUGCUUCUGCACCGGCUCCACGUCAAAUUCACUGAACCCCUUUACGCAGGGUUUGCAUGUGAUGUACAUAUUCCUCCAGUCAUACACCAACCAGCCAACUACAUUAAAAUCAAUGACAGGUUUACUGAAUAACACGGAUUAUAUUGUUACAGGGAAAUAUUAGGCAGCAAGUGAACACUAAGUUGAGCAAGCAUAAGCAUGGGAUUAGUGGACCACUAAUCAGUGGAAGAAGGUGGCCUGGUCUGAUGAAUCACAUUUUCUUUUACAUCACUUGGACGGCCAGGUGUGUGUGUUUCGCUUACCUGGGGAAGAGAUGGCACCAGGAUGCACUAUGGGAAGAAAGGAAGCCGACAGAGACAGUGUGAUGCUCUGGGCAAUGUUCUGCUGGGAAACCUUCUGUCCUGGCCUUCAUGUGGAUGUUACUUUGACACAUACCACCUACCUAAACAUUGCUGCAGACCAGGUACACACCUUCGUGGCAAAUGUAUUCCCUAAUGGCAGUGGCCUCUUUCAGCAGGAUGAUGCUCCCUGACACACUGCAAAAAUUGUUCAGGAAUGGUUUGAGGAACAUGUCAAAGAGUUCAAGGAGUUGACUUGGCCUCCAAAUUCCCCAGAUCUCAAUCUGAUCGAGCAUCUGUGGGACGUGCUGGACAAACAAGUCUGAUCCAUGGAGGCUCCACCUCACUACUUACAGGACUUAAAGGAUCUGCUGCUAACGUCUUGGUUCCAGAUACCACACACACCUUCAGAAACCGUGUGGAGUCCAUGCCUUAAUGGGUCAGAGCUGUUUCCGCAGCACAAGGGGGACCUACGCAAUAUUCGGCAUCUGGUUUUAAUGUUAUGACUGAUCGAUGUAUAAUACAACUAUUAGGGUAAUAGUUAAUUAGGUCGCUCCGGCAACGUGUAGUGACUGCUGUUGUUGUUACCUGUCCAAUGACUCUUUAAGAAAAAACAGUAGUAGAAAAAACAACCAGCUUGCAGCCUACUAUAUGAUUUAUACACAGAACUAUUUUUAAAAUGUAUGUAAAUUUGUUUUACACGGUACCUGUUAGACUUUGUACUAGAUUUGUUGGCUUCUUAGCAAAGUGUGCUAACUGUAUUAGCGACAUCCACUCACCAGCGGAAGGUAAGAAUUAAAGUUGAGUGAAGAUUUGUAUUUGUAUGACUUCAUCAUAUCAUACCGCACUUGCAGAGAAUUGAGAGACUCACUAGUGUGAAUAUAUGAUUAUAUGCAUGUUUUUUCAUUCAGUAGAUUAAGUAUUUCUCUAUGUUGUAUGGUUCAUAUGAGAUUUCUCCCUGGUGAUCUGCUUUACACAAUUUGCCAGACAUCAGCAGGAAGACUCGGUCACUUUGAGUAGUUAGCCAUUUUCAACUCAUUCGUGAAAUUGCCAUUGUAUUAUGGGUUUUGAGGAUUUUCCACCAUGUAGGUCUAGUAUCAAUGGUACUAGAUAUCUGAUAUGAUGCUAUUUUGAGACAUUCGAGUGGAUAACUCAUGUGCAGAUUAUAUGAUAAAUCAAGGUUCACCAAGAAGAAUCUGGACUCGGAUGAGUAACAGUCCAACUAACGCUCCUGGUUUUCCUCACAAUUAAUUCAGAGUAGUCUAACCUAAUUUUAGCUUUUGCAGGGAAUUAACAUCAUGUAAAAUAGAGCAUUUAUUAACCUAUUUAAUUUAGAAGUGACAGAACUCAACAGUAAGUGGACACAGAUAGCUGUGGGGAAAGUGUGUAAACACAGCUAACACUAGCUAGCAAAAAAAAAAAACUAACUAAUUAACUCAUAAAUGUAACGACGCCAUUACGCAAAUACACGUGACAACGCUGGAUACUGAACUUUUUAACAUGACAAAAUCAUCUUCUUACUGACAUCCUGUUAAUAAAGUGGAUUUAAUCUAAAAAAACAAACUAUCUUUUGUGGUGAUUUUCACAUUACUAACCUGCAAAC